AUGUGCAAGUCCUUUGGCGCUACUCUAUCAAGACCUGCACUCCAAUGGCUUAUCAAUCUAAAGCCAGGUACCAUCGCCAGCUUCUCCAGCUUGGUGAACAAAUUCUACCAGCAAUUCGCUACCAGCCGAGAGCUGGAUAAGCAAAGCUGUGACCUGUAUCGAAUCGUUCAGAAGCAGAAUAAGACAACCUGGCAAUACUGGGAUAGGUUCAAUCGAGAAAUGGUCAGCAUAAAGAACUAUGACCACUCAACUGCUAUUGAAGCUUUUCACAAAGGUCUAAAUUACAGAUCCAGAUUAUAUUAUGAGCUGACAAGAUAUCCUUGCUCCUCGUUUGAAGAAGUUAGAACUAGAGCAAUGGCUGAAGCCCGUGUAGAAGAGGAUGAACAUGCCAGAAAUGGGGUUGAAAGGAGACCAUCAAGGUAUUCGGGGAACCAAUCCUUCAGCAAUCAAAACUCCGGAACCCGGCAAGGUAGGUGGCAGCCAAGGCGCAGCAAUGUCAACAACAUAUCCGAGCCAAAAGCAGGUGAAAGCCCUAGCUGGCCAGCAAUAGAAUACCACCCAUAUAUCAGCUCAUAUGGUUUCGAUACUAAUAAAGUGGGAGUGGUGAACGCUCUCAAAGAUAUUGGGCAACCGCUGAGGUGGCCUAGGAAGAGCGACAAGCCUGAGCACCGGAAAGAUAAAUCAAGAUGGUGCGAGUACCGUGGAGAUCAUGGGCAUAGGACUUACGAGUGUAAUAGUCUUAAUAAAGAAGUAGCCUGGCUGCUCAAGAAGGGCUAUAUAAAAGACCUCCUAGGAAAGAAAGGAAAAGGACCUGAAAUCAAGAGGGAAUCCUUGCUAGGUCCACCAGCUUCACCCACCCCAGGUGUUGUGAUUUAA